AUGGAUCCAACUCAACAACAAGUCGCGCCUACAUUGAAACGUAUGAAUUCCUCCUCUUCCACGACUUCCAACUCUUCUCGCUCAGCCAAACGUCCGAAGCUUGCCAAAUCAAACACAAUUCCAGUUCCUGCCCGAAACACGAAACGAGUAACCACACCUUCCUCUACUUCCAGCAAUGUUCCAAGUCUUCCUUCAAACCCACGCCCAGUUCGUGGAGGUGCGCCCAGUUCUGUGACUGCUUCCAACUCAAAUCGUCGAGGAAGCGGUCGUAGAUCGCGGCAACAGUCGAUAAGUAUGCCCGAUUCUACUUCAACUGGUUCGGCUAUUUUCACGACACCCCCACCAUUAACGCCAGUGUCACCGACAACACCCAGAGAAUACUAUACUUCUGUUCCGCCCACACCCCGUGAGGAGUAUGAUUGGCACGUGCAGGCUCAAAUGCAAGGGCGGAGUAAAGAAGAAUUGAAGGCGUUAUUAGAUAAUUUUUCUGAGGAACAAUUACAACGAUACGAAGUUUUCCGAAGAUCUGCUCUAAAUAGAGCGAAUGUCAAGAGGCUUGUAUCCCAAGUACUUAAUCAACCUUGCUCUCAAACGCUGGGAUUCGUUGUUGCCGGGUUUACUAAAGUGUUCGUAGGCGAGAUUAUUGAAUUAGCGCGUCGAGUGCAAAGUGAACUGGGCGAGAGUGGACCUCUUACACCAGAGCAUUUGCGUGAAGCCCACAGAAGAUAUAAGAAGGAAGCUGGUCAUACGAAUGCUCUCGAUGAUGUCACCGAAACCAUCCCUAGAGACUAUCCACCCAAACUCUAUCAAUACAUCGAUGGAAUUAAACAUUUCAUCAUUAGACGGCGCGACAAUGGAUACCCUGUGACGGUAGUCGACGGCAAACGGGUUAGAGAUGAGCUAUGCAGAGAUCCAGUCGGAUGGGAAAACGAAUGUACCGAUGCCAACCUGGCCAUCGACCGAUGGAUGACAAACGAACGAGGAGAGAAUGGGAACUUUUGGUUGUUCUACCUACCCUUACUCAGUCGAUGGGAAUAUGGGCAUGAACGAGUGGAUUACGGAGACCACGCCAUAUACGAACUAUGUGAUAGAGAAGGAAGACUUUGGUUCGAAUGCGACAUGCAAGAGUGCAUUGAUCACUGGAGUAAUGUACGCAUCGAUCAAUGGUCUACCGAUGCGCAACGACACGUGGCUGAAUUCCUAUACCAUGCUCAACAACCAAAAGGAUGGGAGCCGAUUACUGGACUAAUUGGCGAAGAGGAACGGUCUCCAACUAACCCCCAUGGACAGUUCAACCAGGACGAUUCUAAAGAGCCACUCGUGUUAAUUGAGUGUGGAUCAUUCUCGCCUGUAACUAAUCAGCAUCUGCGAAUGUUUGAAAUGGCAAAAGACGACAUUGGACAUUAUACAAACUAUGAAGUAAUUGGCGGUUAUUUUUCUCCAGUAUCCGACCAUUACGAUAAAAAGGGUCUUGCGCCAGCACACCAUAGAGUACGUAUGUGUGAAUUGGCUGUUGAGACGACAUCGACGUGGCUGAUGGUUGAUUCCUGGGAGAGUCUACAAUCAAAUUAUUCCACGACAGUGCGAGUGUUGGAUCAUUUCGACAAAGAACUGAAUGAGAAGAAUAAUGGUGUUGUUACAAAAGAUGGCGUAAGGCGUCGCGUUAAGAUCAUGUUGCUGGCUGGUGCCGAUUUAAUUGAAUCUUUCAGCGUGCCGGGUCUUUGGGCGGAUGACGAUUUACGUCGCAUACUCGGCGUCUAUGGAUGUGUGAUCAUUGAGAGGACAGGAACAGAUAUAUGGAAAGCCGUCGUUGCGCAUGACAUUUUAUAUGAGCAUCGGAAAAACAUUUGUAUUGUUAAAAGGUUAAUACAAACCGAUGAAAGCUCUACAAAAUUGAGAUUGCUAAUUAAGAGGAAACUGUCCAUAAAAUAUCUACUGCCAUGCUCCGUAAUCGAAUAUAUCCAAGCACAUGAUCUCUACAAGUAA